AUGUUAGACAAUGGACAGCCAGAUUACCUCAUCCUCUCCGAUGAUAGCUACUGGGUGUUAUGGUCCGGUAUCUCCGAUGGUGUCGCCUGCCAGCACCCCGAUGACCUUUUUGUGUAUGCCAAAACCCAAAUCAAGUCAAGCGUUCUUAGAGUAAACCUCGUCGUCUUCGCCCUGCAUGGAGUGCGGGGUCCAUGCACGUGCCCCCACCUUGUGGAGGAAGCCGGGAUUAAUCUAUUCGGCAGAUGUACCUCCACCCCUCCCACGUCCGCCCCGUGCUCCGAACUAUUGACCUGCACGCAGCGCGCAGUGUGUGACCUGGAAGCAUUCCGCUGGCUGCGCAACCCCGGCAUUUGUUUGACUGUUUGUCGGUAUCUUGUCGGCGUCGUCGGCAUCGUCGGCGUUACUGAAGAAGGGGUGGUUGUAGAUCCUGUAGUUGCUGAGCCCCACUGUGUGGAUUUGGGAUUCGUCGACCUGGAUAAGCCUCGACUUGACACUUCGACGAACUCCACACCUCGAUUGAGCUUUUGGGGUGAUUAA